UUUCUUGAGUUACACCUUCCAGCUCUUUAAGCUUGUGAGACUGAGUAACUCUAACGCUGCAUUCAAUUUAUUUACAUGAACCAUUUUUUUGUUAAUUGUUAAGAGAAUAUAUGCCGGUUUCCUGCCUGUAUGUAUGUUUUAUACAUCAAAGUCCCAUCAGCUAUGGCAUCAAAAACACAUGCCUCUUUCUUUCAAAGUUCUACAUUGUUAAUAAUGGAGCACAUUCUCAUGAAAAUUUUAAAACAAAACAAAAUCAUAUUUGCGUUCCAAAAAAAAAAAAAUCAUAAAUUCAUGAAACUAGGAGGGCAAACUAAAAACAAUGGGUGCACAGAUGAAAUUUGACUGGAGUUUUUGUUUAACUUAAAACAGUUUUCUUUAUAAAACAAAAUUGAUUAAAAAAGUAGUAGGUUUUUCCACACCCAUCUGUUUGAUGUGCACGCAAUGCAUUUAAUAAAUUAAGACAGAUGAUCUAUCCUUUUCAUCCAUUGCUACAAACGAAAUCAAAGAGUAGUGACGUAACCUAUAAUCUUUGAUUAAGUAUGAUCAGAAAACCAAAUCCACAAAAACCUUUAGUCAGAAACUCACCACAGAAACUAAGUCAAAUAGUCUCGAAAUCCUUAGAUAUUGUAAGGCUUUGAUAUUUUCUCAUCCCAUCCUAUCCCGAGAUAUGUACAUGCCCACAUCCUUACCGGCGCCUUCACCAAAUGUUUGAUUCUAAACCCUCUUUCUAAAUCCAAUCGAAUGGUUGAGAAAGUCACACACACACAUAUCACAUAUAUAUAUUAUCAUAGAAUUCUACAUUUAUAGAAUUCUCGAAUGGCUGAGAAAAACACAGACGUCACAUAUAUAUAUUGUAGUUAUAUAACUUAUUUGGCGCUACCUUAAAGUCACGUGUCAUCAUGGUAUAAUCAUAUGCUUAUUUAAAUUUAAACGACGUCCAACUCUCACUAUUCUUAACCAUCUACUCAUACGUUUAUUUCUAAACCAAUAGAACUAUAGAAGCCAUCGCGAUGGAGAAGCAAGAAGCAGAGCUUAUCUUCAUCCCUUUCCCGAUCACCGGACACCUUCUCGCCACCAUCGAACUCGUAAAAAUUAUCCUCAGCCACGACCCUCGUCGGAUCCACACCAUCACCAUCCUCAACUGGGGUUUACCUUUCCUCCCUCAGUCGAACAACUACGCUUCCCUCCAGUCCCUAGCAAAGUCAGAGCCUCGAGUCCGUAUCGUCACUUUACCCGAGCUCGCAAACCCUCCACCGAUGGAGUUCUUCGUAAGAGCUCCCGAAGCUUACCUUCUUGAAUUCGUCCAGAGAAUGGUUCCUUUGGUGAGAGACGCUGUCUCGACUCUCUUGUCUUCUUCCCGUGAUGGAUCAGACUCGGUUCGCGUCGUGGGAAUUGUCCUCGACAUGUUCUGUGUCCCUUUGAUGGAUGUCGGAAACGAGUUGUGCCUCCCUUCGUACAUUUUCCUCACUUGUAGCGCCGGUUUUUUGAGUUUGGCGAAACACAUCCCGGAGAGGCACCUUCUUGUGAAGUCCGGAUUCGAUCGGAGCUCCGGCGAGGAGGAGAAUACAGUUCCUGGAUAUGUCGCCUCCGUUCCGACCAAGGUUUUGCCACUUGGUCUGCUGACGAGCGAGUCCUACGACGCGUGGGUCGAUAUGACCGGAAGGUUUCAUGAAGCUAAGGGUAUUUUGGUAAAUUCGUCUAUUGCUAUCGAGCCUAACAACUUUGGUUAUUUCUAUCGUAUUCCCGUAAAUGAAUACCCACCCGUUUACCCAGUGGGUCCGAUUCUCUGCUUCAACGACCGUCCGAUUUUGAACCCAUCGGAGCGAGAUCGGGUCAUGACGUGGCUCGACGAGCAACCCGAGUCAUCGGUAGUGUUCCUCUGCUUCGGAAGCUUGAAGAAUCUCGAUGCGGCUCAGAUUCAGGAGAUAGCUCGAGCUCUAGAGAUCGUUGGAUGCAGAUUUCUCUGGUCGAUUCGGACAGAUCCAAAGGAGUACCCGAACCCGAUCGAAAUUUUACCGGACGGUUUCAUGAACCGAGUCUCGAAUCUGGGCUUUGUGUGCGGUUGGGCUCCACAAGUUGAGAUUCUGGCCCAUAAAGCAAUCGGAGGUUUCUUGUCUCACUGCGGUUGGAACUCAAUACUUGAGAGUUUGCGUUUCGGCGUCCCAAUCGCCACGUGGCCGAUGUACGCGGAACAGCAGUUAAACGCGUUCACGAUGGUGAAGGAGCUUGGUCUGGCCGUGGAGAUGCGUUUGGAUUACGUGUUGGCAGAUGGAGAAAUAGUGAAAGCUGAUGAAAUCGCUAGAGCCGUCCGAUCUUUAAUGGAGGGUGAAGAUGUGCCGAGGAGGAAACUGAAGGAGAUUGCGGAAGCAGCAAAAGAGGCUAUGAUGGACGGUGGAUCUUCGUUUGUUGCGAUUGAAAGAUUCAUCGACGAGUUGAUAUUUGCUAUGGAUUGUUCCAACUCUAGAGAAUACUAAAUCAUCUUACAUUUGAUUUACUUGAUGAAAAAAGUUGAAGUUGAGCAGAAAUAAAUAAAUAAUAUUAAAAGUCUA